ACUAAGCUCGUAACGAUCACCUACCAUCCAACAAACCAGGCUUCGGUUUCAUCGAAACUUAUACAAACACGCAUACACAAACAUACACAUUCUUUGUAUAAUCUCUCUCUCUCUCUCUCUCUCUCUCUCUAUAUAUAUAUAUAUAUAUGUACACACACCAUCAAAACCCAGUUCUUGAUUGUUUCUCCUCUGCCUGGAAAUCCUGCGAUAUCAUAGAGCUUUAUAUCAAAAAUGGGCACAACUACAACUCCAUGUAUGCAUUUGGUAAGGGUCGAACCUGGCAUGUCUUUUUCUCGAAGAACAUUCAUGCCAAGCAAAGCAAAUUUUGGUGCUGAGAGUAAAGUGGAAAUCUGGAAAAGGCUUAAAAGUUCUUCUCACGUCUCAUCAUGGCAACCAAUCUUCCAGAGCUUUUCAUCUGAGACUAUAAAAGUAAACAAGGCUGUUACAAGGGCAAUGUCUGGAGCAGCCCAUAACGAUCCGGUGUCAAAAUUGCCUAUUGAUUUGAGAGGUAAAAGAGCAUUCAUUGCAGGUGUGGCCGAUGACAAUGGCUAUGGAUGGGCAAUAGCAAAGUCUCUUGCUGCUGCUGGCGCUGAAAUUCUUGUUGGUACUUGGGUGCCAGCAUUGAACAUAUUUGAAUCCAGUUUACGGCGUGGGAAAUUUGAUGAAUCUCGCAAAUUGCCAGAUGGAUCUCUAAUGGAAAUUGCCAAAGUUUAUCCAUUGGAUGCAGUGUUUGAUAAUCCUGAGGCUGUUCCAGAAGAUAUAAAAACAAACAAACGCUAUGCAGGAGCUUCAAAGUGGACGGUUCAGGAAGUUGCUGAAACUGUGAAGCAGGAGUUUGGCAGCAUUGACAUCCUUGUCCACUCACUUGCUAAUGGACCAGAGGUUAGCAAGCCUCUUUUGGAGACAUCAAGGAAUGGAUAUCUUGCGGCUAUAUCUGCAUCAAGUUACUCAUUCAUUUCUUUACUCAGGCAUUUUGCUCCAAUAAUAAACCCAGGUGGUGCGACAAUUUCUCUAACAUACAUUGCCUCAGAAAGGACUAUUCCAGGAUAUGGUGGAGGGAUGAGUUCAGCAAAAGCAGCUCUAGAGAGUGACACUCGUGUUCUGGCUUUUGAAGCUGGAAGGAAACACAAAAUCAGAGUCAACACAAUAUCUGCAGGCCCCCUAAGAAGUCGUGCAGCGAAAGCAAUUGGCUUCAUUGACAUGAUGAUUGAUUACUCGUCGGCCAAUGCACCCUUACAAAAAGAACUAUCCGCAGAGGAAGUGGGGAGUGCUGCUGCUUUCUUGGCAUCACCAUUGGCAUCAGCUAUUACAGGCACUGUUUUGUACGUGGACAAUGGAUUGCACUCAAUGGGAGUGGGAGUUGACAGCCCCAUAUUCGAAAACCUUGACAUUCCAAGCAACAAUUAAAACAAUAAAAAGUUAUACACCACUGAUUCUGUUAAUGGAUUUCACUGAAAGAAGUUACUUAGCAAAAAAUAAAUCUAGUUUCUUCUGGUUUGUUUUCCAUAAUUUAUCGGCCAAUCUUUAGCUUUUUCCUAGUUGUUAGGGAGGAUAGGAAAGAUCAUAAUUUUUUUCCAUUUGGAUUUACAAUUUAUAUUUCAAAGUAAUCCACCGUUUUCUUUGUA